AUGACACGAACUGAUCAACGUUUAAAAUUAUUAGAGGAGCGUGAGGCUGAAGUGGCAUCAUUGCAAUGUCAGGUACACACGCUCCAAGAUCAGCUUAGUAAUCAAGCACAGGCCGCAUUGCGCAAUGAGAUAGAACUAGUAGGUAUCCCCGAAACUUCUAGUGAAAACUUGUCGCAAAUAGCAACAGUCCUUGCUACGAAAAUUGGAGUUGUUUUGAAUGAAACGGAUGUUGAUUGGGUGACCAGAGUUGGAUUAAAGCGCGCUCCAGGUACAGGGAAAUCAUUGCCAAGACCAAUUGUUAUUAGGUGUGUUAGAAGGGGGAAGCGCGACGAAAUUCUUAGAGCAGGAAAAUCGCGAAAGAACUUGACGACACAGGACUUGCCUAUUAAAGCAGAUGUGCAGAAGAUCUUUAUUAAUGAACGUUUAACCAGCGAAAAACAGUGCCAUUUAGGUGUAUGUUCUAUAAUACGAAGCAUCCCUGGUUACUCAAGUUUUUAUUCUAGAAAUAUCAAUAAUCAAGCUGGAGGUGUUGUUGUAUAUAUUAAGGAAGAGUGGAGAGUACAAGUAUUUGAACCAGAUAUAGAGGAUGCUGAUUGUCUAGCUUUGACGUUUCCAAACCAUCGCACUGUUCUUGGAAUUUAUCGCUCCCCCUCUUUCAGAAAUAUAGAUAAUUUCUGUAAUUCUUUAGAAUCAUACAUUGUUAAUAACUCUCGUGAUUCAGAGGUUAUGUUAAUAGGAGACCUGAAUGUUGACAUCCUGAAGAAUGGAGAUGAUGUAACAAAAUACCUAUGUCUCACAGCAUCGUUUGGUUUAAAACCAGCUAUUAAUGUUCCUACCAGAGGUGUUGCAUGUCUUGAUCACAUUUUUCUUGGUUCUAAGGUAACUGGAGUUGGUGCAGUAUGUAAAACAUCCAUAACUGAUCAUGAAAUGGUUAUGGUUGGCAUCUCGGAAACUCCAAGGAUUUCGAGGCGUAAGCGAUUGGUUAGGAAGUUAAAUUUUGAGGCAUUUGAAAGUGAUCUUAACGAAACAGACUGGUCAGACGUUUUGAGCUCUGGUAAUGCAACGGAUGCAGCUGAAAAAUAUAUGAAGAAACUACAUGUAAUGACAGUAAAGCAUACAAAAUUAUUGAAAGUUAGCAGAUCAAAAUACGCUCUUAAUGAAUGGGUCACUCCUGGGUUGAUAAAAUGCAUGAGACAUCGUGACGCUCUUCAUUUACAGGCAAAAAAAGAACCAAAUAAUUUAAUUAUACAGGUAACCUAUAAAAGAUACAGGAAUUUCCUCACUGACCUACUUAAAAAACUUAAGAUUCAAUAUAACGGUAAAAAUCUGGAAACUAAUAAAAAUAAUCCAAGAAAACUUUGGAAAACUAUAAAAGAUAUCUGUGAACUGAAGAUACAAAUGAAGAACAGUAUUGAUUUACUUCAUAUAAAAAAUAACCCAGUAGAGUCUCUCUCUGAAUGCAACAAAUAUUUUUCUAGCAUAGGGCAAAAUCUAGCAUCAAAAAUAUUAAAAGAUAUUAAUAAAUCGGAACAGGAUCUAGCUAGAGCAGUUAGCAAUGUCAGAGGUUCAGCAGGUUCUUUUUUUAUGACACCAACGGAUACUUAUGAAGUCAGGACAAUAAUAGGGCAACUAAACCUUAAUAGUGCUCCUGGUUUGGAUAGUAUAAGCACUAAGAUGCUAAGAAGAGCAUGCAAUUUUAUAAUUGAACCCCUGACACAUAUAAUAAAUUUGAGUCUGUCCUCGGGGCAAUUUCCAGAAUGUUGGAAAUCUGCUGCUAUAAUACCUAUAUACAAGGAUGGCCUGCAAACUGAUCCGUCAAACUAUCGCCCAAUUUCUCUCCUAAGUGUGUUCUCCAAAAUUCUAGAAAGGGUUGUAAAUUUACGCUUAACAAAAUUUUUGGAAUCUCAAAACGUUAUAAGUCAUAACCAGUUUGGUUUUCGUAAAGGAAGAUCUACUGAAGAAGCAGCUAAUUUCCUUAUAAAAACUGUAACUGAUGCUAUUGAUCAUAGACAGAAAUCUCUUGGAAUAUUUCUCGAUCUUUCCAAGGCAUUUGAUACUGUUUCUCACUAUAUUCUACUACGGAAACUCGAAGUUAUUGGAAUACGAGGCGUGACUCUUAGAUGGUUUUCUAGUUAUCUUGAAAGGAGAAACCAAAUCGUAGUCGUAGAUGAACAUAAAAGUAAUACAUCAUAUAUUUCUUUUGGAAUUCCACAAGGAAGUAUCCUCGGGCCUACACUGUUUUCUAUUUACAUGAAUGACCUCUGCCAUUUAUUUGAUGAUGACAACAACGUCCAAGUAAUCUGUUAUGCUGAUGACACUGCAAUAAUUUGCACACAAGAAAAUUGGUUUUCUGUUUUUUCUGCAGCUAACUCGGCCAUGAAGAUUGUAUCAAAUUGGUUGGGAGCAAACCUACUUACUUUAAACACUGCAAAAUCUAAAUAUGUUUGUUUUCACAACACCAAAGCUUCUAGUCCCCCAACGUCAUUAUCCUUGAUUAUCCAUAAAUAUUCAUGUGAUAAUAACAAAAUCUGCAGUUGUGAUUUCCUUGAUAGGGUUCAUGAAGUGAAAUAUUUGGGAUUAAUCUUGGAUCAAAAGUUGACUUUUGCUUCUCAUAUACAAGUGCUUUCUAAACGUAUACGAAAACUUAUACACGUUAUGAAGCUUCUGCGUAACGGCGCGAGCAAGAAUGUUUUAUUACUUGUAUACAAAAGCAUAGCUCAAUCACUGUUGAUGUACUGCAUCACAGUGUGGGGCGGUGCAUCAAAAUCAUAUAUGAUUGCACUUGAAAGGGCACAAAGAUCUGUAUUAAAAGUAAUGUUUAGGAAACCAAUUCGUUUUCCCACCUAUCUUUUGUAUCAGGAGGCUGCUGUUCUGACAGUGCGUCAACUUUAUAUACUUAAAGUAGUAAUGAUGCACCACAAAUCUCCUCUCCUCCCGCAAAAACCUUCGGACCAGAGAAGUACAAAGGACGCGGGGGUUGUACGUAGUACGACGUUGUACGACGCGUUGUUUGUAGGCUUAACGGAUAUAAUAAUGAGGUCUUAA